AUGGGCAAUCGCCAUAGCCAGUCUUACUGCCUCUCAAAGGGCAGUCAGCAGUUGCCCCAAGGAGACACCCCACCCUCCACAACCGUGCAGUCUCUCAGCCGCCAAUCAGGGAGUGGACAGCCAGAGGCCCAUCAGCCUGCCAAAGAGAGAAGACACCAGGGCUUUGAUGUGAAUCGAGAUGCCAAAAAGCUGAACAAAGCCUGCAAAGGAAUGGGAACUGAUGAAUCGACCAUCAUUGAAAUCUUAUCAAGCAGAACAUCGAAUGAGCGGCAACAAAUAAAGCAAAAAUACAAGGCAAUGUAUGGCAAGGACCUGCAGGAGGUGCUGGAGAGUGAGCUGAGCGGGCAUUUCAAGAAGACAGCCUUGGCGCUGCUGGACCGGCCCAGCGAGUACGAUGCCCGGCAGCUGCAGAGGGCCAUGAAGGGGCUGGGCACGGACGAGGCAAUGCUCAUCGAGGUCCUGUGCACGAGAACCAACAAGGAAAUCAUCGCCAUCAAAGAGGCCUACCAAAGGUUAUUUGACAGGAGCCUUGAAUCAGAUGUCAAAGAUGAUACGAGUGGAAACUUCAAAAAAAUUCUGGUGUCCCUACUACAGGCUAAUCGUGAUGAAGGAGAUGAUGUGGACAAAGAUCUAGCUGGUCAGGAUGCCAAAGAGCUGUAUGAUGCAGGGGAGGGCCGCUGGGGCACUGACGAACUUGCCUUCAACGAAGUCCUGGCCAAGAGGAGCUACAAGCAGCUACGGGCCACCUUUCAAGCCUAUCAAAUUCUCAUCGGGAAAGACAUCGAAGAGGCCAUUGAAGCCGAGACGUCGGGAGAUCUGCAGAAGGCCUACUUAACCCUCGUGAGGUGUGCCCGCGACCAGGAGGGCUAUUUUGCUGAGCGUCUGUACAAGUCCAUGAAGGGUGUGGGGACCGAUGAGGAGACGCUAAUUCACAUCUUUGUGACCAGGGCUGAGGUUGACCUUCAGGGGAUAAAAGCUAAAUUCCAAGAGAAGUAUCAGAAGUCCCUCUCCGACAUGGUUCGCUCGGACACCUCUGGGGACUUCCAGAAACUGCUGGUAGCCCUCUUGCACUGA